AUGACAUUAGUUGCAUCUUUAACAAAACUUGGAAAUCCAACUGCAUCAUUAAGUAGCCAUAGUUCACCAAAAGUUGAGACACAUGCUGGUGUUUCAGGAGAACAAAUGGGCAACAAAUCAGAAUGGAUGGGUAGAUCAUGGCAGUGGGGACCAAGUAGACAAUGGUAUUGGCAACCAUGGUAUUAUAGAUCAUACAGAAGUGGAAAUUGGUAUUAUUAA